AUGCAUCCAUGUCCCUUAAAGAAGAGGAGGCGGAAUGGUAACGAAGAUGACAGUCACAUUCCCCAGACAAAGCGUAGUACCAGAAAUACUGUUCUUCAGGACUCUUGGGACACUGAGAAGGUGGCUGUAACGAAAAACAAUAAGGAACACAGACUAAAAGGAAACAAAUUGUCCUGUGCGUCCUCCAGCAGUGAUAGCGGCAGCAGCAGCAGUUGUAGUAGCAGUAGCAUCAACAGCCCUGACAGAGCAAGUGGUCCAGAAACCAGCUUAAACCAGAUAAUUGCAGGAUCCAGUCCUGUCACCUCUCAGUCCUUCCAUGAGCAAUCUGCACUAAGUCAAGGUCCUUACUUCCACAUCAACCAGAUCCUGAAGGAGGCACACUUUCACAGCUUACAGAAUCGAGGACGCCCUCCUACAUGAUGAACCAGCAGUUCCUUGCCUUCUGUGAAGGGACAGCACUGUGUAGAUUUGAUAUUUCAACUUAAAAGUUUGUUAAAAUGGAAUUGCACAAAACGCCUGUUGCCUUUUCAGUCUAUAUUUGAAAUAACAGGUUAACAGGAAAUUGUUUACUUGUGGUUUGCUGCACUAUUGCAAUGCAAAAGGGGCUUUGAAGCAAUUUUUAUAGGAUUCUUUUUGGGGUGGUUAUAAAGUACAUGUCAAGGUGAGACUGAGGAAUCCACAUCUGUAUUAUAGGAUUGCAUAAUGAGUCCAAUUCCAAUUGACUGCCUAAUCUGUUUGUUAGCAAUUUGUUGCUUUAUGUAAAGUUAUUUCAAACAUUCAUCUUCAGUUUUAUAAGUCUUUUUUAAUUUCAAUAAAAUAGUAAAAAAUUU